AUGUCAUCGUUUGAGGCUCUGAUGAACAUCGCCUCCGAACAAACCAAGGCUUCCCAGAUCGCAUUAGCCAAAGAAAACCAAAUCCGCCAAGCUCGUGAAAAAGCUAAACGCAUGGAAGAAGAGCGGAAAGAGAAGGAACGGUCCAGGCUGGAAAAGGAAAGACUCGCAAAGAAAAAACUAGAGGACGAAAGAAGGGAGAAGCAGCUAGUCGAAGAACGCCAGAAGAGACAAGCAGAUCGUGUAUCAGCUACUGAACAGACACGCAAACAGCAAGAUUCCGACUCAUACAGCCGACCUUCAACCUCCCGAAUAAACAAUAAACCAUCUCCGAGCCCUCGUCAUCGUUCCAUCGCUCGUCCAUCUAACUCAACCCCCGCAAACCUCGAUCUGGAUCCUGAAGAAAAACGCCGAAUUGAGCGUCAGGAAAAGCAGGCGAAAUCACGCGCGAAACUUUUCGGUGAACCGGUCUCAGCUCACAAAAAACCCGCACCUUCCCGCCCUUCCGCCAAUGCCCCUCAGCGCAACCAAUCUGCCUCUAAGGGUAAAGCACCUAUGAGAGGGAACCCUUCUGGCAACAGCUCCAACAGAGCAUCAGGAACUCCUACAGCCAUCACCGCUCGUCAACGGAUAGAGCAAACCUUCAACGCAAGUGAAAGAAAGCCUUUGAGUCUAACAAAUAGGGACCGACGGACCAUCGAAGAAAUUGAACAAGAUAUGAAACGGAAGAAAGUCGAAGCGAGGACUCAGGGCACCAGAGAUUCGCAAUCAUCCUCAAUCGAUUCAUACUUUACCGAAAAACGAAUUCCUAUACCCUUCAAAUCCGCUGCGAGCAGUUCGACACUGACGGUCGCUGACAAGAAUCCCCGAGCUGGAUCUGAAGUUGUCUUGGCUGGCAAGAGGAAGGCGAUGAACGGCUUGCCUACUCCGUCGUCCAAACGUACUCAACUAUCAACAAGUCUUCCUAAGGAUACCAAACCGAACGGCCCACGAACUGUUCCUAAAGCAAGAGCAGGCUCACACAGCAGCAGUCGUAGACAGGACGCAACUGUCUCAGAUGAUGAAGAUGAUUCUUCUGAUGAAACCGAUGACAUUUCUGAUCAUGGCGAAGUUGUGGCCCCCUCGGUAAGGGAUGAGAUUUGGAAGAUCAUGGGUAAAGAUCGGAGGCAGUAUACCGCGAAACCGAUCUUCAGCGACGAAGAAGAUGAUAUGGAGGCCGAUGUGGAUGAUGUCCUUGAAGAAGAAGGCCGAGCAGCUCGAUUGGCAAAACUUGAGGAUCAGCGAGAGGAGGAACGUCUGAGACAACACGAGCUGGAAAAGAAAAAGCGGCUCAUGCAACGUCGUCUUUCGAAGUAA